AUGGGCGUCAACGGAUUGUGGCCGGCCCUCGACCAGGGGAGCAAACCGGUAACGGCGGAGGACCUCCGGGGUAAGGUCCUCGCCGUCGACCUGAGCAUCUGGCUCGUCGAGGCGUGCACGUCCAAGCUCCUGAAGACGGAGCACAAGCACCCGCACCUGUUCCUGACGCUCUCGCGGGCGUCGUUCCUGCUGCGCCACGGCGCCCUGCCGAUCGUCGUCGUCGAGGGCGCGCGCCACCCGCGGAAGCGCUGGAAGUCGGACCGGCCGGAUCCGGGCCGCGCCGCGCUCGCGGCGUGGUCGCGCCAGGCCGCGCGGCUCCUGCGGGCCCUGGGCGUGCCGACGCUCGUCGCGGCCGGCGAGGCCGAGGCCUGCUGCGCGCGGCUCACGGCCGCCGGCGUCGCGGACGGCGUCGUCACCGAGGACGGCGACGCGCUGCUCUACGGCGCGACGCGCGUGAUCCGCGGCGCGACGGUCGACGGCCUCCAGCGGCUGACGGCGCGCGUCUAUGACGCGGCGGCGCUGCCCUGGUCGCGGCGCGAGCUCGUGGCCCUCGGCCUCCUCUGCGGCACGGACCUCGACGCGGGCGCGCGCGGCGUCGGGCCCGUGCGCGCGGCGGCCUUCGUCGCGUCGCGGCGCGGGGCGGAGACGGACGCGCUGGACGCGCUGCGCCGCUGGCGCGACGAGGACGGCGACGACAGCGUCGUGGACCUCUGCGACGACGACGACGACGACGCUGACGAUGGCGAGAUCGCGGCGUACUGCGCCGCGCACAAGUGGCCGCCCGAGGACCUCGUCGCGACGUACCUCGCCGACGAGCCGAUGCCGCGACGGGCCUUCCGGUGGCGCCGGCCGAGCGUCGACGCGCUCGCGUUCGCGAACGCCGAGCGGUGCGUCCACGGCUUCCACGCGCGGCCCUCGCUGCGCUACGUCCUCGCGCGCGUCGCGCGCCUCGUCGACUGA